GCUUUGUCAGACACUGUAGUGCUUGUCUUUCUGAAAACAUGUGUGACUAUUACGCUGCAACCAUGAGGUUUGGUGCCACAGUUUUGAUAUUUGUGUGCGUGUCUGGUUCUGUUGAUGCUCUUCAUAGGAACCCAAAGCUUUUCAACAGGCAUCUCGCCCUUCCAACACCAUCGCCCACAAAACGACCAGAUGCCGCAAACAAAUGGCCUUUCGGAAUUAUGGAAUUUGCCUCCCUGUUUGCCAAAUGUCACGAAUGGGAGAUGUUCAUAACAACCGAUCCAAGCGAAGACACGGAUCCGGAGAUGAGAAUGGAUGCGGACAUGAUGACGCUAGCAAUUGCUUGCAACAAAAUGUCAACUGUGAUGGAAAAGAUAAAGAACGACGAUUUCACCGAGGCUGAUACGGCCACAUUCAAUGAAUAUUUCCCACUAUUGCAAUGUACCAAUCUCCAGAUUGAUCGUGAACGCAUCCUGGAUUACCUCGGAGAAACAAAUACCGACAUAGAAAGUGAUCCGUUUCUUGCAAGUACUGCCCGCCUCGCUGCUGAGUGCCAGGGAGUUUUCGAGAAGUAUGAUCUGCAAGACGUCUCGAGACGUGCGAUGCAGGCAGGAUCUUCAGACUUUCGGUUGGGAAAAUGAAAAUCGCGAAUAAAGACGUUGAAAGUAUCUUCAUUGGACAUUCAUGACAUAGACGUAGUAGCUUCUGAUUGUGAUUUCAAAACAACAGUUCAUCACUAUGGACUUCGCGAAUAGUUUAUUUGGAUAAGUGUAGCAUUGAACACUUUGUUUCAAUAUGUAUACACGAUCAUAAUACAAUAUAUAAA